ACAAAUCAAAAUAUGAAGAUGAUUGUGAAGCUCCCCGCAAUAACAAUGGUGGCUACUCUGCUUCUUCUUGCAUCUGGUCUUGGUCAUGCUAGGAUUGAGCCUUUUUCUCCUACGCUAAAUCCAAAAUUUCAGACCGACUCUAAACCGUUCUUUCCACCGAUUAUUCCAACCGAGCCAUUUCCUCCUCCACCUCCACCAAAACAUGAUGCGAUGAUAUCAGUGAAGCAAUUCCCAGUUAUACCUUAUUGUCCUCCGGGUUAUCAAAAUCCUGGAUGUCGCCCAUCAUCUUAGACGUUCUCCAAAAAAAUGAUAUUAAACGCUUGAAAUAAAU